AUGGCCGCCCGGGGGCCGCGCACGCCCGCAGCCACCGGGAAGGGCUCGGCGCAGGAGGCGCUCGGCAACGCGCCGGGGAGGAGGCGGCCUGCCCUCGCUUCCUUCUCCGCCUUCAGCUUCAUCCCGCCCAAACGGGAAGGGCCUCCGGAGCUCAGCUAUUUCAACCGGCCGCACAAGACAGGAGAUUUUUUCACCUAUGAUGCCAUUUUUACAAUGCCAGAAGGUUACGACCAGUAUCUUUCACGAUGUGACAGAAGACAUGCAAGGGGUCGUGGCCUUAAAAUUCAUGAGGAGGAAAUGGCAAGACCUGUUCCUGUGUUGACCUCUUCAGAGUAUGGGAAGCGCGUACAUAAGCCCUUAGACCCGGCAACUGGAGAGCAUGCAAGGGUUUGUAGCCUGCAUGCAGCAAUCUACGGCGAAGGCAGCCGCCCUGCUCGUUGAAAAAACCUUCUCCAGGCCUGGAUUUGUGGGAAAUCUCUUCUAUCUGUCAUCGCCAGCAACAUUUAUCUGGGAAAACAAAAAACACUUUGAAAAGCAAUAUGGUGCCUUUGCCUUUUCUUCUACAGUUUAGUUAAUGAGAAUGAUCUGGAUUAAAAGUAGGGUGAAAUAGCA